UACCAAGUCCCUGCAAAUCUGAGUUUUUAUCCGAACACCCACUGAUUGGUUAGUUUCAUGCGCAAAUUAGGGCACGCAUCCGUCUGCUCGAGAUUUUCAUCUCUCAAUUUCGCCGGAGUUUCACAAACCCUAAAUACCCGCUCACUAGUUCGGAACCUAAUUUGUCAAGCUGGUAAUGAAGAGCUCGCCGCGUAGAGCUUUCGACGUGUUCGAUUUCAAGGAAGAGGAUGAGCUCCCUGAAUUGGAGGCCGGGAGAAAAUUCCUCGAGAAAUUAAAAAACCCCAAUCUCGAUGAUCAUGCCGUGUUGAAGUACGAGUUUCUCGAAUGCGCUGCCCAGGGAGAGGAAGCCAACAUCGAAAGAAAGGAGGACGGCUGUGUACAUUCUGUAGAUGUUGAUGCAAUUGACUGUGACCGUAGUUGUGAGAAUGCUGAAUCAUAUACCCCUCUGGACCCAGAGGAAGAGAACUUUACCCAAAAGGAAGAGUUGUCUGUGCUGGAUACUGGUCUGCAUUCCAGUUCUGUUAGUCAAGAACAACCUGAUUUUAUAUUAGAAACUAACAAAUCCAGAAAUUUCCCUUCUGAACUGGAGAGAAAAGAUUCGUGCCCUGAAGCUCCUCCACCAGGGAAAGGCCAGAUAAAUUAUGACCUUUUGAAGUCUCCGUCGUCCAGUAAUGAGCCAGUUGAUGUAGUCUCGGAUGCUGAUGAGAGCAUGAAUGGGAAUUCUCCAUCAAGUCCUACUUCUGAAAUUGCAGAUGAUAGUGUUUCAUUAAAUGGCUAUUCAUCAGAUCAUUGCUUUGGCAGUAUGGAAAUGGAUGACAUAUAUAUGGAGGUCGUGCUUUGUCCUGAUUAUGUUAUAUAUCGAGAUAUUUAUUGUACAGCCCCCCUGUUAACUUUUUCACGCAGUUCCAUCAAAAUCAGUGGUUCAACUCCUCACGAAAAUGAAGGAACCUUUGAAUUUGAAUGUGGAGUUGAUGAUCUUAUUGAUAUUGGGUGCCAGUGGAUGCAAAGAGUUGAAACUGUCACUAUAAAGCUCCGUGUAAUAGCGAAGGAUGUAGCUCAAACUAAUAAUGUUUGUAGCACUUCAGGCAUUGAGGAAUUAAAGAUUGCAGUUGUUGACCCUAAUUGGUCCCACAAACAGGAAGUGAUCACCUCGAUGAAUGUAAAGUACAUGGCUGUAUGGAAUAUCAUGGUUGAUACGGACCUGGGAAUGGAUGGGGAUGAAUUACAUGGACAGAGGCAUUAUUUUCCAAAUUUUGAUCAGCCUUUUGAAGAUGUUGUCUAUCCAAAAGGGGACCCUGAUGCUGUUUCCAUCAGUAAGAGAGAUGUUGAUCUAUUACAACCGGAAACAUUCAUAAAUGAUACGAUCAUUGAUUUUUACAUCAAGUAUUUGAAGAAUCAGAUUCAACCUGAGGAUAAACACCGUUUCCACUUUUUUAAUAGUUUUUUCUUUCGGAAGCUGGCUGACAUGGACAAAGAUCCAACUAGUGCUUCUGACGGUCGGGCUGCUUUUCUACGUGUUCGUAAAUGGACGAGGAAAGUUGAUAUAUUUGAGAAAGAUUACAUAUUCAUUCCUAUAAACUUCAAUCUGCAUUGGAGCCUAAUAGUCAUAUGUCAUCCUGGUGAAGUGGCUAGAUUAGAGGAUGAAGAUUUGGAGAAGUCGCCUAAAAUAUCAUGUAUAUUGCAUAUGGAUUCUAUCAAAGGAAGUCAUACGGGUAUAAAAAAUCUUAUUCAAAGGUAUCCUUGA